AUGGGCAAGAAGAGUGCGAACCGCCGUCGCAGCAGCAGUGGCAGCGAGGAGACGGCCUUGGCGCUGACGCAGUUCCCGGACGAGCCCAUCGCGCUUCUCCACUUUGACGAGAAGGAAGAUCGGCUGCAGGUCAACGAGAAGGCCAUGGAGAUCCUGCAAAAGAUUCGAGGGCAAAAUCUCGAGUCGUCGCCAUGGGCUGGGCUCUACCGCACAGGCAAGCGGUUUUCGCGUCGGCCCAACUGUCGAGCGCUGCACGCGUAG